AUGGCUGGUCCUGUCGCUGAUAUCCGUGAGAUCAGCGGAUCGGAUUUGAUCUCUGCUCUUCAUCUUGCUCAACAAGCACCAGCAAUCCUUGGCCAGCAAUCCGGGUCUGGAACUAUCUCCAAUUCUUCAGACACUGCAGAUUACUAUGCACGAUUAGAGCAGCUUAUGUUGGCUUGUCUUCGGACGGGGGAUGAUCAGUCAGCACAUACUUGUCUGAAUCGCCUCAGCCUUCGAUUUGGACCCUCUAAUGAAAGGAUCAUGGGGCUUCGGGGCCUGUACGAGGAGGCAACCGCCAAGGAUCAGUCGGCGCUAGAAAAAUGCCUGCAGGAAUACGACAAUACCCUGUCACAGAGUCCGGUCAAUGUGCCCAUCUUGAAGCGCCGGGUAGCGUUGUUGCGCUCGCUCAACCGUCCCUCUGACGCAAUCUCCGGUCUUAUUCAACUCCUCGAUGCAAUCCCUACCGAUGCCGAAGCCUGGUGUGAACUAGCCGACUUAUAUCAGUCACAGGGGUUGGGUUCCCAAGCCAUCUUUAGCCUUGAGGAGGCUUUACUCAUUGCUCCUAACUCUUGGAAUAUUCAUUCUCGCCUCGGUGAAUUGCUAUACAUCUGCGCCUCCGACGGGGACGCAUCCCGGCUCCUUGGGAGGUCGGUGCAGCACUUCAGUCGAAGCAUUGAGCUGUGUGACGACUAUUUGCGGGGAUUUUACGGGUUAACCUUGGCCUCAACACGGAUGCUUGACAAUGAUUACGCAGGCGUAUCAGGUCAACUUCCUAAGAAGACCCUGGAAAGAUUGAAGGCCUUUGCGCUCCUAAAGUUGGGCGAGAUUGUUGAGUCACGGUCAGUCGAUGACCAACAUUGGGCAUCGAGUCGAAGUGAGCUGAUUGCAGCCAAAGAACUGCUGAAUCGCCAGUUGAAGUAA